AUGGCGAAGAAGAAAGAGAAGUCGGUGAAUGUCUCGGGAAAGCCGAAGCACGCCCUUGAUGUUAACCGAGAUGGGAGUGCAAGCAAAGGCAGACGCAGCGCCUCCACGGUGCGGCGGCUCAAGAUGUACAAUACGAAGCCGAAGCGUGACAGUAAAGGCAAGAUUGUGAAGCACGAUUUGCAGUCCAAGGACUUGCCAUCUACUCGAAUUCAACCCGAUCGCCGAUGGUUCGGUAAUACUCGGGUUGUAAAUCAGAAAGAGCUUGAAUUUUUCCGUGAAGAACUCCAAAGCCGGCUAUCUAGUAACUACAAUGUCAUUUUAAAGGAUAGGAAACUGCCAAUGUCCCUUUUAAAUGAUCACCAGAAGCAAGCAAGAGUUCAUCUUCUCGAUACGGAGCCUUUUGCAGAUGCAUUUGGACCUAAGAAGAAGAGGAAGCGUCCAAAGCUGAUGGUAUCAGAUUACGAGGCACUAGCUAAGAAGGCUGAUGGUUCUCAAGAUGCAUUUGAAGAGAAAUAUGGUGCUAGUGUAUCUACAGAAGGAAUUGAAGAUGGACUCAGGGACCUGGUUCGGCACACAAUGUUUGAGAAGGGUCAAAGUAAACGCAUAUGGGGUGAACUCUACAAAGUGAUAGACUCUUCAGAUGUGGUAGUACAGGUUUUGGAUGCUAGGGAUCCCCAAGGUACAAGAUGUUAUCAUUUGGAGAAGCAUUUGAAAGAGCAUUGCAAGCAUAAACACAUGAUUCUUUUGUUGAACAAGUGUGAUUUGAUCCCUGCUUGGGCAACAAAAGGAUGGCUUAGAGUGUUAUCCAAGGAAUUUCCUACUCUGGCAUUCCAUGCAAGCAUCAAUAAGUCCUUCGGCAAGGGUUCUCUUUUGUCAGUAUUGAGACAAUUCAGCCGCCUAAAAAGUGACAAGCAAGCAAUAUCAGUGGGAUUUGUUGGGUAUCCAAAUGUUGGAAAGUCAUCAGUUAUCAACACACUGCGAACAAAGAAUGUCUGCAAGGUUGCUCCUAUUCCCGGAGAGACUAAAGUAUGGCAAUAUAUAACUCUCACAAAGAGGAUCUUCUUGAUUGACUGCCCUGGAGUAGUUUAUCAGAACAGCGAUUCAGACACUGACAUUGUGUUGAAGGGUGUGGUACGUGUCACAAAUUUGCAUGAUGCCACUGAGCAUAUUGGUGAAGUUCUGAAACGCGUGAAGAAGGAGCACCUAGAGAGAGCAUACAAGAUAAAAGAAUGGUAUGAUGAAAAUGACUUUCUUGUUCAGCUAUGCAAAUUAGCAGGCAAGCUUUUGAAGGGAGGUGAACCUGACUUGAUGACUGCAGCAAAGAUGGUUCUACAUGAUUGGCAGAGAGGUAAAAUACCUUUCUUCGUUCCACCACCGAAGGAGGUGCAAGAAGAUGAACCGUUGGAGGAACCCAAUGAAUCUGGCAUAGAGAACAAUACAGUGGUGGAUGAUAAUAAAGAAUCAGCAGCUAAAAGGGCCAUAGCUGAUGUUAUUUCAUCCCAGCAGCUAAAAGACGUCCCUGUUCAAGAGGAUCUCUUUAGCGAGAAUGAGUUAAGGGGUGAGACGGCUGAGCAACUUCCACCCAUCAGCUCAUAAAACUUUUCUGCUGUUGUCAUGUUUUAUAAGAGAGAGAUGAUGCCCUAGAUUAAUGAUCUAUUCUCAAUGCAUGUUUUUUGGGAGCCCCGGGGGUUUGAGAAAAAUCGAUACAACUUUAGCCCUGUAUAAGCCCAGUUUCAUCGGCAUGGUAUCCUUAAGAUAUUUGCGGAGUAGUGUUGGGAAAUGCCUUGAAUCCUGCCGCUUGGAAUAGACCUGUAGUUUUCCUGAAGUAUUGUACCAUCAAAUUUUACAAUUUUUGUGGAUUUUGAUAUGAGUUUUUGGGUUUGUUUUCAAAAUGAGAAUAUGAGAGAGAGAGAGAGAGAGAGAGAGGGGCCUAAAUUUGUUUGAUAUGAUGGCCUAAAUUUGGUUGUAGGCUUGCCAUUUGUUUGA